AUGAAAAUACUUAAGAGAGGAAUAAAAGCAGUCACUGGAACAGAUGUUAUAGAAGCAUCGAUUAUAAUUAUUGGUUUGACUAUAUCAACUAUUAUUGAUAUUACUGACGCAGGUGGAAUAUCUAAAUUAUAUAAAACUGUGAAAGUUAAUAAUCGAUUGCAGUUUUCUGUUGUUGAUUUUGAUCCAUCAAUUCGUUAUACAAUGUGGAAUAUAUUUAUUAGUGUAAUAUUUUCAAGCACAGCUCAAUAUGCUUGUAUUCAAACCCAAGCACAAAGAUAUAUGUCUGUCAAAGAUACAAAAGUUGCACAAAAAGUUGUAUGGACAAAUUAUAUUAUGUUAGUAUCUAUGCAUAUAUUAUGUUUAUGGGUUGGAUGCUUACUCUAUAAUAAAUAUAGUCAAUGUGAUCGUCUUCGAACUAAAAUUAUUUCUCGAUCAUAUCAAAUCUAUCCAUUAUUUGCAAUUGAAACAUCACGAAGAUUUUCUGGAUAUGCAGGUCUUCUAUUGCAUUUAAUAAUUCAAAUGUUUGGUGUAUUUGUUACUUCCAUUUUGAAUAUUUAUUAUCUUGAAUUAUUCUCAUCAGAGAUAAAACUCAAAGUUUUGAAGGUUGAAUCAAUUAUGGUACCAUAUGAAUUCCGACCAAAUCAAGUUUUCGAUCCGAAAAAACAUAUGUUAGAUGUAGUGGCCAAGCAAUAUCUUGAACAGGCUACUAGUGAUGUACAUCAUCUUGUUCCAGUCGAUGUCAUUGCCGAUGGAAAUUGUUUAUAUCAUUCCAUUGUUCUUCUAAUGAAUAACCCAGCAGUGACAUUGAGUGAAUUACGAGUUCGAACAGUUAUAGAACUUAUGACGAAUGAGACUUAUUAUUCAAAUACGUACUCACAUUGCGUCGGACCUUUUGAUGUUGCAAUUCAAGCUAUGUGCAGAAAGUCCACAUUUUCGGAAUUGUAUGAAAUUACUGCAUUAUGCAAUAUACUUAAAUGUAACAUACGGAGUAUUUAUCCAAAAAUUGAUCUUCGAGAUCAUACAGCCAUCGUGAAUAACACGUUUAUGCCUGUUCUACCUACUGUUGCUAAUUGUGAAAUUACAAUAUUGUGGUCACAUACCUUGAACGAAAACGAGGUAAGAAUUAAAAAUAAUUCAACAUGGAGCCCCAAUCAUUUUGUUCCACUUAUGUCACGAUUGAUUCAACAUGAGCGUGAUAAUAAUAAUCAACUAGCGUUAGUUCUUGCGACUCCUGAAAAGAAAACAUUUAAGAACAAUGCUACCAUCCAGAUACGAAUUCCUGAGUUUCAAUCAUCUCCUAGCAGACGUUUACGAAGUGAAAUUAAGAUAGACACUGAUUCUUCUCAAUCGACCAUGUCUGAUACAAUGUUGCUCGAUCACAAUGACAAAGAAGAACAACGUCAAAUUCGUCUUGAAAAGAAAAAAGAACGAGUUCGAUCAAGUCGACUGAACGCAACCGACGAAGAGCGCCAAAAUCGACUGGAGGAAGAGAGGCACCGCAGUCAAUCGAUUCGAAUGAAUCAAACCAAAGAACAGCGGCAAAAUCGACUGGAUGCAGACAAGCACCGUACUCAAUCGCGUCGAAAGAAUGAACCAGAGGAACACCGUCUUAAUCGACUCGAACAGCAAAGAAAACGAAGUCAAGCAAACAGAGAAAAAAAGAAAAAUGAAAAACGCAUGUCCGAUAAUAUUAGUAUUCAACAACAAACUACUCAAAUGCAAUCUGCUGGAGCGGAAGAAGUCACAUUACAAGAUGGUAUUAAUAUAUCUCAUUCUACAUCAAAUUCAAAUAUCUUACCGAAGAUUAGAAAUUCGACUUCUUCUUGGCCUGAACCAAUUUCUCGUGAUUUGAAAGAAGGAUGUCUCAAAAAAUUUCUUCAUCGAAUGUCCAUGUCAGCACUAGCCGAAACUACGUGUGCAGUUUGCAACAUUCGAAGUUCGAUGCAAAAGUCGAAAUCAGUACCUGUCUCAAAAAUUACUAGCAAUGAAUUACUGAAAGUUUCAGACGAAACUAAAGCUCUGAUCAUGGGCUCCCAGUUAUCGAAUUUACAGUACAUAAAUGAACGCAUCGUAACUACUGUUAAUACUGAUGGUAUACAAACGACUGAUCAUGCUCAAACUUUUACUAUUUUAACUUCCAAGUCACCAUCUUUUUAUUGUGAAAACAAUAUUAUUUUAUAUACUAGUGGCUUAUUUCAACAGAACAAGAAGGAUAUGUGCACACUCUGUCAAAAAUGCCAUGAUGCUUUAUCGAAAAAACACAUUCCUAAAUUUUCUGUUGCCAAUGGUAUGUGGUUUGGCGACAUACCUGCUGUAUUACAAGGCUUAACAAUUCCAGAAGAAAAGCUAAUAUCACUUUAUCGUCACAAUAGCUGUAUAAUAAAACUUCAAUCACCUUUCCAUUCAGCUACAACUUCACAAACAGCUUUAAAAGGCAACUGUAUUACUUUUCUGCAAAAUGUACCGGACAUUGUCAACAGUCUACCACUUAAACUCAAUGAUCUAUGUGAUACGAUAAAAGUCAUUUUUGUUGGCUCUCUUCCUCCUCAACGUAUUCAUCUUAGAAAAAUUUUAACAGUACGAAAGAAAAAAAUUAUUCAGGCUUUGCAAUGGUUGAAGAAAUAUAAUAUUCUCUAUCAGAAUAUUGAGAUAAAUCUUGAGAAUAUUGCUCAACUACCUGAAGACGACAUACCAGAAUCUAUUAUGUCAACAAUGGAGCAAAAGAUAAGUGAUGAAGAAAUUCAGUCUGAAAGAGUUGGCUAUGUUCCUGAUCCACUAUCUAAUUUAACUGAUUACACAACCUCAGAUACUAUUCCCAUACAGCACAGUAGUGUUCUCGACGUCAAUGGCUCUUUGGUAUCUUCAGAUGAAAUUGCAAAUUAUGUUUUGCAAAAAAUGAAAAAUAACAAAACACACCAACAAAUGAACAGUGAAAGAGUUCAUUUAAUUCCUCAUUCUUCAAAACCUGUUAAUGAGUAUUAUAAUCCAAAAUUAUUAGUGGGUUUGUAUCCUACUCUGUUCUGUUAUGGACGUGGUGCACCUGACGAUCAAUCACGUCCUGUUAAAACGAAUUUACGAGAACAUAUACGCUACCUAUUAUCUUACAAUGAUCGACGUUUUGAAACGAAUCACAGCUUUAUAUUUGUGGUCUUCAAUAUAUUGCAACGACGUAAUGCUUGUUUUCAUGCUCAAUUGAUCACAACGAAACCGUACUUUCGAGAAUCAGCCCAAGAUAUCCAAACGUUAAACAGUAAAGACAUCGAAACCGCUCUCGAGAAUAUUUCCAAAAAAACAUAUAACUCAGAAUCAAACAGUGCAUUAAACAAAUUAUUAAAUCAUAUCAAAACCAUCGGUGGUCGAGUUAUGGGCUCAGCAUAUUCACGCACGGCCUUACGAACUCGCAUUCAUUCGUUAAUAUAUAAUCAAUGUCUACCUAACAUCUUUAUGACGUUAAAUCCAGCCGAUAUUCAUAGUCCCAUCGCACUAUAUUUUGCGGGUGUCAAGCUUGAUUUGGACAACAUUCAAAUGGAACAAUUGCUCAAUACUUACAAAAGAGCUGAAAUAAUAGCAUCUCAUCCUGUAGCUACCACCAAAUUUUUUCAUUUAUUAAUCACCAAUAUCUUAGAGACUAUAAUUGUUGACGGUGUUCUUGGGCCAAUAAAGGCUUAUUUCGGUACUGUUGAAAGUCAAGGACGAGGUUCUCUUCAUCUACAUCUUCUUAUUUGGCUUGAUCAUGACAUGAAACCGGCUGAUAUGAAAGAGCAAGUUCAAAAUUCUACUUUUCGUGAGAAGUUGGAAGCGUAUCUAGAAGAUAUUAUCAAAGAAGAUCUAGAUGAAUUCAAAGAUAAAUAUGUGUUCGAGAAUUCAGAUGCAUCAAGGUCAUUCAAUACUCCAACACAAUUAUCGAGAGAUAACAUUUAUGCAGCUUUACGUACUAUUGAUUUGGCAGGUUUAGAAGAAAAUACAAAUGAACAUGGUAUUCAAUCGACACCAACGAAACAACGAUCUUCUCCAUCAAUUCCUUAUGCUUCUCCACCGAAUCUUUAUGGUUCUCCACCAACUCUUCAUAGUUCUCCAUCAAUUCCGUAUGCUUCUCCACCAAAUCUUCAUGGUUCUCCAUCAACAUCUAAUGGUUCUUCAUCACGACAUACAUCUUCACAAACACCUACACAUGGUCCAUCGAAAUCUGUCGAUAAUGUUUUACAUAAUCAAUCAAACGUAAAUCCAGCUUGCUUACCUACUCUAAAUCCAUCGUCACCAAAUUUUGCAUCACGAUUCCAAGCAGAUGUAGUACGAGUCGUCGAAGCAAGCAACAUUCAUAACCAUACUGACACAUGCUACAAGUACUGCAAUAUUAGUAAAAGUCUAAAGAAAAUUUGUCGAAUGCGUAUGCCACGCAAAUUAGUAGCAGUUUCGACAAUUGAUCCAGAGACUGGUCAUAUUUCUAUGCGACGAUCGCAUCCAAUGAUAAAUAAUUUUAAUGAAUACAUUAUAUCGGCAUGUCGUUCCAAUAUGGAUAUUAAAUUUAUGUGGACUGGUAGUGAUGCCAAGGCUCUUGUAUAUUAUAUCACCGAUUAUGUCACAAAAAUGAGUCUAUCUUUUCAUGAUACAUUUGCUCUUGUACAAAAAGGCAUUACAUCGAUGAAUAAUUCAUUUCAUCAGUCAGAAAACGAAAGUCCAAUCGAGAAAUCACGUAAGCUCGUCCUACGUUGUUACAAUACACUUGCUUCUCAACAAGAGCUAUCCGGAGCUCAAGUUGCUUCUUAUCUUAUGAACUGGGAGGAUCAUUAUACAACGCACAAGUUUCAAGGCCUCUAUCUAAUUCAAACUGAACUGUUUUUACAAGGUGAAUUGAACGAAAUACGUACCAAACAGAAGUCGACAUUUACAGUGCAUGAUGUCAUCGACGAUUAUAUAUGUGACGAUGAAGCUAUUGACGAUCAAAAUAAUGCUGAAGAACAGUUCCAGAUUCAGGCAUCCGAAAAUGACGAAAAACAUGUGCUUGUUAAUACACGAAUUGAUUAUCAAUAUCGGUCAGAAAUUCUGAACAACAUAUGUCUAUAUGAUUUUGUCAGUAUCUUGUACAAGAAGAAGAUGAAUGCAGCAGAUUUGAAAUAUUUAUCGGACAUUGUAGUACCUAUAAAACAAAACGAUAAUCGAAAAGGUAGACGUCCUAAUGAACGCUAUGCUUUUCAGAAACAUCAUCCACAGGCGACAACAUAUAUAAUGAUGAAAUAUUCUCAAUCUCGUGUACCUAUUCUUUAUGGUCCUCAAAUUCCUCGACAA